CUCAUGAGUUAAUCUCAAAGACAAGCCGAGUUUCUAACAAAAUUUCCGAACGGUUUGUUAACCGCUGGCUGAGCCCUGGUCAGCAACUACCUUGUCGAAGUCCAAACAAAGGACAAUGCCGGCAACGAUCACGCCUAUUGGCUACUGCCCUUCUGAGUUCUCUCCAUGUAGAACAACUCCUAAAGUCCAAACUCCGUAGUAAGAAAGCACAGACCGGCAUAUAUAAUGCAGGGAAAAUCUGCGCCUCUGAUCUCAUCGACCCAAGAUCACCAAUUCAUCGCCUUUAGUUUCUCCAAAACCCACAACCUAAAAUAAGGAACCCUUCAUCGGUUCAUCCUAUUCCGACUGCCACUCUGAGUAGAUGUCCCAACCUGACGUCUCUUACAGGUAAUCAGAGGAGGAAAACACUCCAAAGCUUUCACCUUUUCCCCUCUCCAAGCGAGUUUCAGUUUCUGGGUUAUUAAUAUCUUCCGUCCGAUCACGAGGACGAGUAGAUACAAUUCGAUCCAUAUGUUGCUUUUGUGGUUUGAGUUCUUUGAUUGUGUCCUUAGGUUAAAUGGGUUUUGUGCCUUAGCGCUAGAAAUCAGUUCAUUCAACUGGGGGGAAAGGAAAAGGAAGAUGCUUUCCUUUCUGGUGCAUUUGUAUGACCGCCGAUCUUAGUGGUUUGGUUUCUGAUUAGAACUUUUGUCUGAUGAGUGAUGAUUCAAUAAUCGGGGGCUGAAGAUUAGUAGAUGAAAAGGUCUCUGGUUCAUCAGUCGAAAUGUGGGGUUUUUUUUGGUGGCUUUUGGUACUUUUGCAAGCUAGGAAUUUACAACCAUGGAUCACUCAUUGAGCGAAUAUUUUAAAAUUUAACACAUAGCUGUGUAAAUGUCAGCACUGUAUGUCUAGCUGUAGUAUAGUAGUUCAGUGUUGUGGUUUGUCUAGUCGCAGUCUGCCUCCAGUAAUGAUUCGUUCCAAACUGGUGUAUUCUGAGGUUUAAGUCUUUAGUUCGGUUUAUAUUUUUAAGAUAUGAAUAUUGUGUGCCUUGAUCAAUUCUUUCCCUUGAUUACAUAGUGCACUUUGUGGUUCUAACUUGUUCUUGUGUUGAUUUGUGUUUGCGUUGCAGCUGCGGUUCUUGUGGGUUUCCAUUGAACUUAACAUCCUCCAACCGAAUCACUUCCACCAUAGCUUCUUCUGCAUAUCGUCGAUCCAUAAAGAAAGGUUUCAUCUCAUUUCUCUCCAUCGACCUUAGUAGAUUCACACAGCUCGACGAGCUACACUGCCUUCCUUUCUGCUGGGGAUCUUAUCGUGCUAAAACCAAGCUCUUGUGCCGAAAAUGUGGGGUUCAUAUAGGCUAUGGGCAUGGCAAUUCUCAAGUCCUUUGUGGUUUUGACUCUUCUGUUGAGUCAGCUUCUACCUCGUCCUACACGAAGUUCACCAUAAAGAUCCGUGCUUUGCAACCUUCUGAGGAGGAAGGUCCUCGUCAAACAACAUGAUCAUUCAUCUCCCGGAUGAUUGCCUCUCCAUAAUCUUCCAAAAACUCGACUCUAGCACUGAUCGUGAAUCAUUCGGAUUGACCUGCCAUCCUUGGCUGAAAAUACAGAACACAAACCGAAAAUCAUUGCAGUUCUCUAGCUCCUUCACUAUUGUCCAACUUUAUUCUUCAUCCAGAGCUACCCUCCUUGAGAGCUCCUACCAUGUUCAUAGGCUGCUCACUCGCUUUCAACACUUGGAGCAUGUCUCUCUAACCGGAUGCACAGACCUUUUAGACUCGGGUCUAAACCUGUUACAACUCCAUGACUCUAGAUUGCUAUCUCUCAUUCUCGAUUGUUGCUUUGGGAUCACUGAUCUUGGUCUCUCGUUAAUUGCCACUAGUUGCCCAUCACUAACAGAUAUCAGUUUCUAUAGAUGCAAUAUCACUGAUGAUGGUUUGCAGGCUUUAGCAAAUGGAUGUCUGGGUUUGAAACGAAUAAACCUCUCAUAUUGCGCUAAUAUCUCUGAUCAUGGUCUGAGAGCUCUUUGUAAGAACUGCUGCGAGAUUCUGGCAGUUAAGAUUUCUUGGUGCAAGGGAGUAAGUGGCAAAGGCUUCAAAGGAUGUUCAUCUACUCUAUGCUACAUAGAUGCUGAAAACUGCAAUCUUGAGCCAGAAGGAAUAUCAUGUAUCGUCAGUGGAGGUGGGAUCGAGUACUUGAACCUGCACGGUUUGAACAUCCAUGGAGGUGCGUUGGCAGAAAUUGGUUCAGGGUUUGCCUCAAAGCUCAAGAUUCCAAACCUGAGGUUAUGCAGGACUCUAGGGGAUGAAUCAAUAAUGGCGAUAGCCAGAGGUUGCCCCUUGCUCAAGGAAUUGAACUUAGCCUUGUGUAAUGAGGUUCGGCUUGCAGGGUGGGAGGCCAUUGGGGCGAACUGCAAUGAGCUAGAGACACUCCACGCAAAUCGGUGUCGUAAUCUGUGUGAUUUGGGAUUACAGGGUUUGAGGCAAGGAUGUAAGAAGCUGAAGGUACUGUACAUUAGCCGGGGCAGUAGACUCACUUCCACUGCACUGGAAGUUUUCACAAUGGUUAGGGAUGGAGUUAAGGUUAAGCAUAAAGAGGUCAUUUGCAUUGGCCCUGACUGGACUCUCAGAUAACAAAGAAGCUUUGAUUUCUUCUCUCCAUAGCUGGUGGUCUGGAAUUGAAUACCAAUUUAGUCACUAGACUUGUAUUCAUAUCUUGGAUUGGCCAUUGAAUUUGUAUCAAGACAACUAAAGUACCAACAUCGCUCUGAUAUAAAUUGUCAUUAGCAGUUCUGUUUCCUACUUCGGUUUUUGUUAUUGUGUUGCUGCUGCUGCUGCAGACCCUAUACAGUCAUUAAAGGUUCCCACACACAUCAGCAGCAGAACAAGGGGGGAACAAAAUCGUUAACAAUGA